AUGGCUUUCCUUCCGCGUCUGUGCUUCGACUUCGCGGCCGUUGCGCGCGGGGCCAAACACCUCCAGGCUGGCUGUGCAACGGCACUCUCCGCGCAGGCGGCGGGUCUGACUCCAGUCGCCCGCCGCAGCGUUUCCUCUGUUGUCUCGUUUCCACGAAAUGGAACUACGGGAGCUCCUUCGCUCUCCUACAUGCUCCAGGGGCCUCGCAGCUUCACAGGCCCGCGACCUGGCACUGCGGGAGCGCCGGCGAGCGCUGACAAACCUGCGGAGGCCACGAAACCCAAACGAGGACCGACCGGCUUGCAGCGCCCCUGCGACUUGAAAGGACCACUCGCCACUUUCAUGGGAAAGACUGAAGCCUCCAGAGUCGAGGUCAUCAAGUUCGUGUGGGACUACAUCAAGCGCCACAAUCUCCAGAGCCCAGAAAACAAGCGCAUGAUCAAUGCGGACAGCACUCUGCGGCCUCUAUUUGAAAAAGACCAGGUUUCCAUGUUUGAGCUCAACAAGUUGAUCUCCAAGUUUGUUCAGAACAGGCCGUCCGCACCGAAGCCGUAG